AUGCAAAGACUGCCAUGGUCUUCCCAGAACAUCACAAUCACUUCGAAUUCGAAUGACACGGAACGGCGGCAAGGGACUCCAUCAUUGCUGCUGGUAGAUGACAACCAAACCAAACAACAUCCCUCUUCUACUACGAGUCCAUCAUCAUCAUCGUCAUCAUCAUCAUCAUCACCAGCAGAAGAACCCAUGAUGAGUGCGGAGGAAUUUCGCUCUCUGAUCUACUACAACUUUUCCUGUCCCUUUGAAUGGUCCAAAUACUCGUGUGUCCAUCAAGGACAAACAGAAAAGGCAGCCGCCUCCCGAGAACUUCUCGUGGAACAUCGGCACCUCUUUCACGAACUAUUCUUUGCUCACUCGUCACCGUUUACUAUCUUGCCACCCAACACGCGCAUUACACUCACGGGAGAUUCCAUUGUGCGACAAGUCUUUAUUGGCAUGGCCUGUUUUCUCACGACGUUUGCCAACACCAUUAUUCAACACGCCCAUGCGCAAUGGCACCCCACGUGGCCGUGUCAUGGCACGCAACAUUGUGUCCAUGGUGGUGUCCAUUCCGGAUUUCCAGUGGCAUCCAUGCUCUUUAAAAAUGGAGCCGAACUGCAUUUUGUGCCUCAUCACGGAUGCACGCGUCCGCAAGAUCAAGAACCCGACAUGUACGCUCGCAUGUACCAGGAACUGACGACAACCAACAACAUUUCCUUUAGCCCAAAGGUAGGAUCCGCACUGCCCACGCGUCUUGGACCCUUUCUUUCUUCGAGCAAGGACAUUGUGGUGUCCAAUAUUGGAUUGCAUUUCCCACCCGAUCAAGCCAAAGCUACGGCACAACUCUUGGCCAACUGGACCGCGCAACCAUUUGCUCCCCAACUCUGGUACGUGGCCACGCCCACACAACACUUUCACACGUCGAAUGGACAGUUUGUUCCCGGUCAAAAGGACGACCACGGCUGUCGGGAUGCCGUGCCCAAAAAUCCACGCCUUGAAAUGGAACGAAAAGUCCUAUUGGGCAACACCAAUAUUCCACUAUUUUUGGAAUUUGAGGAUCUCGAAUGGGGAUGGUUUCACGUGGGAAAUGGAGAUUGUUCUCAUUACUGUCAACCGGGUGUGCCAGAUCUAGUGGCAUUGCGCUUGUUGCGAGCCUUGGCGGGCUUGGCGGGGGAAACAGUGUCGGAUUCAUCAUAA